AUGGAUUAUAUAGAAGGUUUUUUUAAUAUUAACAAACGUAAAACACUAGAUGAUAGUGAAGCUGAUAGAAUAUUUCAUUCUUAUGCUACUGUUAUUUUUGCACUUUUUGCUAUACUUGCUUUAACUGCUAGUUUUGGUUUUUUACCCAUUCAUUGUCAGACACCUGCUGAAUGGGCAUCAGGAUGGGGACAAUUUGCUAGUGAUAUAUGUUUUGUUAAUGGUACAACUGUUAUUCAUGGAAAAGAUAAUCAACAUAAAAUACCAAUUGAAGAAAAAAUAAAUUAUUAUCAAUGGGUACCAUAUAUUUUUAUUGUACAAUUUGUAAUGUUUAUAUCAACAAAAAAAUUUUGGAGUUAUUUAAAUCGUAUUGGACCAUUAAAUGUUAGACUUCUUGUAAAUUUAGCUAUUGGUUUACAAAAAUAUUCUCCUGAAUCUGAUGAUUAUAAAGAACGUAUGAAGACAAUUAUUUAUCAUUUUAGAGAAGGUAUUAAUCAUGCAGAAUAUGAUAAAAUUGCAUCAUAUCAAUAUCCUAUUGGAUCAUGUAUUUAUUCAUUUUUUUCAAAAAUAUCAAGAAAAAGUUAUUUAUCAUUUGUUUAUAUUUUAUAUAAAAUAGUUGAAAUUGGUGUUAUUGUAUUUCAAAUAAAAUUAAUAUCUGAUCUUGUUGCUGAAGGAGAUAUUUUUUAUGGACCAAAAUUAUUUUAUGAUUGGAUUUAUAGAACACCUCUUGAAGAUUCUUAUUAUUUUCCAAGAAUGGUUAAUUGUACAUUUAAUGUACGUACAUAUCCACAAGGUUUCAAAUUUCGUGCACCAGCAAUACCAAAAACUAGAAGAAUAAGUUGUAUAUUAACAAAUAAUAUAAUGAAUGAAGUAUUAUUUAUCUUAAAUUGGAUAAUUUUAUGUACUAUGUUAUUUAUAAUGAUAUUAAGUUUUAUUUCAUGGACAGUAAAAUUUUUAUCAUCAAGACAAAAAAAACAUUUUAUUCAAGAUUUAAUAUUAUUUACUUCAUAUGAACAACAAGCUAACAAAAUAGUAAUUAUAAAUAGUAUUAUUGAUUCUAUAACAGAAGAUGGAAUAUUUAUACUACAAAUGAUACAUAAAAAUGCCUCUGUUGGUAUUGCAGGUAGUAUAUUAGAAAAUUUGGUUACUGAUAUCCUUGAAUUAAAAUUAGAAUUCAAUUAA